AUGAGGGCCCAGCAGCUCUGCUUCCUGAAUUUACACGAGGGUGGCCCUCGCUGGCCCUCUGCGCCUGGCCAAAUCCCCGCCACCCAGCUGCCAUUCUCCUCAUGUCCACCAGGGGGCGCGCUACUCCUGCCUGAGUCCUCCCCGCCCUCCUUGAGCGCCUGCGGCGAAUUCGCGCUCCUCUGCCGCCAUCCAGCUCAGGCCUUAAAGCUGCAGCGCAGCGCCCCUGGCUUUCUGGGAAGCCUGUCUUCGCCCUGGCCAUGGCACGGCGGCCCCGUGGGGAGUCAGCCCCGCACACGCUGGCCUCGCUCAGGGCCUCUGCAGUGUACUGUCCUGCUUUACCAAGCUGGAGCGGUGCGUGCCACCGUGGGGCCCGCGUGCAGCCAAGGCCCUUGGCCAAAGCCUGAGGCCGCCAGCCUCCUCUCCACGCUCGCCUCGAAGCCUGUGUUGUUUCCUUGGGUGAGACCCUGCUUCCGGGUGCACACCUCACCGCUCUGCCCAUCAGGGAAAAGAAGUCCUGUGAUUUGGGCACCAUUUUCUCUGCGGGUGUCCACGAAGCUGUUCCCAGGUGGUGUCCCUCGGUCACAUCCACUGCCGCCAGCGUCCACCUCCACCGGGGGCCCCCGCUCGCCGCAUUCACCAAGGGCGCCCGGCGCACCUGGCCUCCUGCACUUUUGUCUCCUGCUGACCCUCAGCCUCUUCUGUCCCCCAACUCCUUGCACCCCUUUUUGGGAACUCGGGGAACAGGACAGCCUCAGGCCUCUGCCCAGGCAAUCGGAGAGAAAACAGAUGCGCCAACUCCUGAGCAAAGGUAACUUUCUGGAAGAAAGAUAUGCAGUCCACAGAAUCACAAGGGACCCGGAUCUGAAGACGCAGAGCUGAGAGCAGAAGCAGGAGUCCCCAGAGGUACGAGGUCCCUGCAGGUGGCUGGAGACAACUACUGGCCCGACCGAACUGCCCCAACUUCCCAGGAGCUCAAGAGGCCUUCAACGACAGCCCGCAGGGCAGUCAGCAGGUGGGAGCCCGGGACAGAGCUCGAGUUCACUGCUGUGACCUUAAAGUGUGCCCCAGGUGGUCUGAUGAGGUGACAGGUCGUGUGUGUGGCUGCCAUGCCUCAGCAUCCUGCCUGUGCCUUUGCACUGUCCAGGUGAGCGGCCCAGCGUGUCAGCCCUGCGGGCCUGGUUUUCUCUGGGAGGACUUCCAUCUGGGGGUCCCAGACAUGCAACUCGAUAUGCAUACAGGUGGUAAUUGGUGAUUAGUACAGUGGAUUUAUGUGCCCCUGGCUGUCCCACAAUGGUGACUGUGAGGUGCAGCUGGGGCCCUUCUUGUUGAUGAGUCUGGCCAGGCCAACAUCUGGCGCUCAUCUGUUGGCAGGGACCAGUCACAAGUCGUUCUGCCUCAGCCUUUGAGCUCAAAAGGAGCCAAGCACUACUCUGUAAGAUGGAGUCGCUCAGGGCAAGGCUCGGCCCGGGAGCUGCUGUCCUGGCAGCACAGGUGGACCCCUGCUCUGCAGUGGGGACUGAGGAACUAAGGCCCUGCCCCCUCACCAUGACCCCUCACCUGUGCUCAGCUUGCAGCCUGGCAUCCAGGGGCGUUCUGAGGCGGCUGAAAUCUGCCCUCUUCCAGCCUCAGAGGAAGGGGACGCAGGAGCUGAGGAUGCCUGACAUCUCCAUCUGAAUGAGCAGCACCUGGGGGCUCCGUGGUAGUUAUUUAUUUGUCAGCAUUGGGGAUUGAACCCAGGGCUUUUGCACUGAGCUACACCUAGAAAGCUAUACCUUUCUAGAAUUAUUUUUUAUUUUGAGAGAAAGUCCUAGUGAGUUGCUGAAUUGCCCAGACUGGACUGCAACUUGCCAUCCUCCUGCCUCAGCCUCCUGAGUGCUGGGGUAUAGGUGUGCACCCCAGUGCCUACCUAGGGUACUGUUUGUUUAUUUGUUUGUUUAUUGCUGUUUUUUGAGACAGGGUCUCAUUCUGUAGUCCACCCUGGCCCAUUCUAUCUUCUCUUUGUCUCCAGGUGGCCCCCAUGGUUAGGUGGGGGCCUUCUGUGGUCUUUGAGAAAGGCCUUGUCCUGCAGGAAGAGCCUCUCUUGAAGCUAGGCCGCCUCCAUGCAAACACCUGGUUACCAAGCUCCAGGGAUUAGGUCUCCGAAGCCAGAGCAGGCAGACUCGGAGCAGGCACAGAGAACCCGUGAGGCCGCACGCUGCGUCCCCACAGAGCAAAGCUGCUCAGCCGCUCAGCCAUGGCAGGAUUCCCAGGGGCGAAGAAGGGGCUGCCGCCUGCUGCUCAGGGCUCUGCUAUGCAAAGAAUGUCCUUUGUGCUCCUGGCACUUUAUCCUGCAAGGCAGGAGAGCAGAGCCCCAGCCUGGCUCUGCGUCCUCGGGCUCAGAAAUCACAGUCUCGUUGCAAGGAUGCGAGGCGGUGGCUACAUCUCUCUUUGGAGAUAGCUCUGUCCGCACCAGGAAGCCAGUUAGUCUCGGGAUGCCCAGGACGAUUGUGGGUCCAUUCAGGGACCAACCAGGAGGCGACAGAGAAGCCUGGGCAGGACCUUGGCCGAGACUGGGAGACACACAUCUGAGUGGGCGUGGGGACCGAGCGUGGGCAGCUCGGAGGUCACAGAACACCUGGGCUUUCUAGUUUGGGUGCGGCAGUGAGAGCGAACUGUCCACAGGUUUUGCCUUUUGAGCCCAGGUCUUGCUAAGUGGCUAAGUUGCCCAGACGGGGCCGGAACCUGCUGUCCUUAGAGACCACACAGAAACAGCACCUGUGUGGGCGAAAGGAUGGAGUUUGCUUAAGGACAGGAAGUCCAGGCGUGUGACCCUCAGGUGCUGAGUCAGACGUGGUCAGGGCCCCGGAUUCCGUCUGUGGCAGGGAAGGAGAGCGUCUCGGGCUCUGGAAGCCCGGCAGUUGCCACAGCAGCCAACCACCCCAGCUGGCUUUGUGCGAGAGCAGCCCUGAACUUUACGUACCGAUGGAACCUUAUCUCCCCUUUCCUCCAUCAGCCGCGUGGACCGCUGUCUGGUGCCCCUUGAAGCCACUAUCACAGGACAGCAGCAAGGAGCAGAGGUCCCAGCCUGUCACCCCUUCUCUUCUUCCCCCUAGAGAGUGAGGAGGGACAUACGCUGUCCCUAACCACACAGUAAGUAAGUAAGUGUCCAUGAGUACAGGUCACACCAAGUCAGAGGUCACACCAAGUCAGAGGGUGCUACAAGCAGCCUAAAUGUUGGUUUUAUGGCUCCACGCUGCCAGGUUAAGCCCCUGAUGAAGCUGUUGCCCAGAGUGAGAGGCUGCUGUCCUCUGGGCUCCAGCCUGGGCAAAGAGGCUGUGAACGUGGUUGCUACCAGACAAGGUCUUAGAAGAAUAAGGUAGGCUCAGGUGAAGGUUGGUUCAUCUGUAGGCUAAACUUAGAAAUCAUUUUCAAAAAGCCUUUGAAAUGGAGUACUACUCUGCCAUAAAGAAGGACACACUGGAGACAGCCUGAGAACUGUAUCUAAAAAGGGAUUUUGUAUCCGGAGUGGUGGCUCAUGUCCUCAAUUCCAGCACUCGGGAGGCUGAGGCAGGAGGAUUGCUGAGAGUUCGAGGCCAGCCUGGGUUACAUAAUGAGACCCUGACUCAAAAAUUUAAAAAAAUAUAAUAAAAAUAGAUUUUGUGUGUGGUUGCUGGCAGCUAGAAAAGACUGGAAGCAAGUAGAUGGGGUGCCUUUUUGGGUUCUGAGGGAACAAUAUUGUCAAAUAAGCCAUAAGCCGGAACUAAAAACAGGGAAAUUGAUUUGACCCUCUGGGCCUCAGAACCACCGUCAGGCCUCAAAACCUCUGCUGUCUGCUUUGCCCCCACAGCUGCAGCUCUGCUUUAGCUAAGGGGACACUGGGAAGCCCCCAAGGGGGUGGGAUUUGGAGUAACAGAAGUGGAUUUUUCCAUAUGCAAUGGAUAUAUAUAUAUUUUUAAUAGGUCCUAGGGAUCAAACUCAUGACCGCUCAUUUGCAAGGCAGGCGCUUAUGCCACUGAGCUAAAUCCCCAGCCCCUGCAGUGGACAUUUAAAAAUAAAAUUUAUUAUUUGACAAUAUUGUUCCCUUAAAACCUGAUAAGGUGCCUCACCUGUUCGCUUCCUGCGGGGCACCUACCCCUCAAAAGUGGUGGUCAGCAUGGUGACAGAGGAGCCUGGGAGGCCGGCGGAAGGGCUGUUGUGAGGAACAGGUUGGAGGAGGAGGGCGGCAGGACAAGGCUGUGUGAUUAACCUCCUCUGCUGGGCAGACGGGCACUGGCUUCAUUUGCCCAUUUGUGAUGGCCCUGCUCAGCCUGGAUUUGAUUUUGAGACAAGGUGUUGCUCUGUAGUUCAGGCUGGCCUUGAACUCACUAUGUAGCCCUCCAUUCAUGGUGCUCCUCCUGCCUCAGUGUCCCGUGUGCUGGGAUCACAGGCCUGGCCCUGAGUCCUGAGGAGGUGGGGUAGGGCGAGGUCCCCCGCAGGCCUUCGGGACGGUGCCUGUCCUCUCCUGGCACAGCAGUUGUUCCCUUCUUCCCCUCUGCUGCUCUCCUGCCCUGCAAAAGUCCCAGCAGGCAGCUGCAGACAGCAGCUGGACUCCGCCUUGCCGUCCUGGUGCCACACAGGAUCCUUCAUUGUUUCAUCCCCCGCCAGGGGAUCCUUGUGAUUUCCCGGGAUCCAGGGGCGCCCUCUGGCCCAGCACUCCCUGCCUUUUACCCCGUGAAUCCAGAGCCAUCUGCGCAGCAGUUUCAGUGGAGUGAGCCCUGCCAGGGUGCAGGCUGUAGAGGGUGCUGGUGGAGCUGCGGCCAGGAGGUGCCCUGAGGACGCUGGCCCGCUGUAAGGGAGCCACUGAAGGCUUCGGCGCUGCUCACAAGGCAGGCGGGCUCGGCUGUCACGGCCCUGGGAGGCUGAAGCAGGAGCGCCGGAGGCGUCUGUGCUGGAGCCAGCACAACUGCAGGCUGGAGGAGGCUUUCCCGUCCUCCCGGUGAGCAGAACAGAGGAGCCUGGGUAGACGCUGGUGGGGGGGGUGCAGAAGUGACAACAACAAAGAAGAAUCUGGGUGUCUGGCAUGGUGGUGCACACCCUGUAACCCCUGUAGGCUGAGGCAGCAGGAGCCCUGUGAGUUUAAGGACAGCCUCAACUGCAUAGCGAAACCCUGUCUAAAAAAAAUAAAGGAAGGAAAAAAAGACAGAAACUAGGGGCUGGGGAUUUAGCUCAGCGGCAUAAGCACCUGCCUUGCAAGCAGAUAGUCGUGAGUUCAAUCCCAGUACCGAUAAAAAGGAAAGAGACAAAAAAAAAAAAAAAAAAAAAAAGGAAUAAAAGACAGAAACUGGGGUGUCUCAUCUGGCUUAAAGGAUUCCCCUAGGGGGCACCCUCACUGUGCCCUAAAACCUCCCUAUUUUGUAAUUUCAGUGCUCUAUCCGGCACUUUCUGCGCUGACCGUUAUCACAGUGAUGAUGGUGAUGACUAAUGCAGAUUAUUGCUUCUAAUUUCCAGGUGUGGCGCUUCUCCUCCUCCUCCUCCUCCUCCCCCCCCCUCCUCUUCCUCUUUAAGAGACAGGUCUCCCUGUGUUGUCCAGGCUGCUCUCAAUCUCCUUGUGGUCCUCCUGCCUCACCCUUUGGAGGGCUGUGACUCUGGUCAUGCACCACCAAACCCAAUCGCCAGACACAGUUCCUAAGGGAUCUAUGUUUCUUAAAUCCUCAAAAGAGCCCUAUGGAGUAAAUACUGUUAUUAUCCCCUUUUACAGAUGAGGAAACUGAGGUACAGAGGUAGUAAAACCAAUAUUUUAUAAAAGAAAGGCUCUAGAAUUAAAAGGAACAAGAAAAUUCUCAUGGCAGGCAUCGGUGACACAUGCCUGUAGUCCCAGCAAUCUGGAGGCUGAGGCAGGAAAAUCACAUGUUCAAGGCCAGCCUAGAGCAUAUAGGGAGACAGUAUCUCAAAAAACUAAUAAAGAUGAAAAAUGAAACCCUC